AACGAAUUAUAAGUAUAAUUACUUAUUGCUGACACAAAUUUAGAAUCGUGGUCACACGAUUGAGCAAAGAUAUUGUUUUCUUCAAGAAAAAUGGUUUUAUUAUGGAUACUAUUCAUGGCAUUAUAUAUGUCACCGGCGAUUCUGGCUCAAAGGCGCGUGGUAGAGCCUCCAAUACGCGUCGACCUGUCCUCGCCAGGGGACGUGCAGCCCCUCACAACUUCCAAUGUGAAGACCGACUGGAUCACAAUGCCUAUCGACCAUUUUGAUCCACAGAAUACGGAUACUUAUCAAAUGCGUUUCAUGUUCAAUGACGAGUUCUUCGGCGGUCCAGGGUCUCCAAUCUUCAUUCUAGUUGGUGGAGAAUGGGACAUAGUGGAAGGGUGGCUGCAGGCGGGCAAUAUGUUCGAGCUGGCACGAGAGAAUCAGGGAUACCAGUUCUAUACUGAACACAGAUACUAUGGACGCUCACUGCCAUAUAGUAACUUCACUGCAGAAAAUCUCCGCUUCCUCAACGUGGAUCAGGCGCUGGCAGACCUUGCGUAUUUUAUAAACGAGUUUAAGGCACAACCAGUAUUUCAAAACAGUAAAGUGAUAUUGUACGGUGGCUCAUACGCUGCCAACAUGGUGUUAUGGUUCAAGCAAAGGUACCCGCAUCUGGCGAUAGGAGGAGUGGCAUCAAGCGGACCUAUACUCGCCAAAGUUGACUUCACGGGGUAUUUAGAAGUUGUUCAUGAAGCAUUUUUAUCGGAGGGUGGCGAGCAAUGUAUAGCCACAAUAAGACAAGGAAUAUCUGACACCAUUACAGCUAUGAAUACGGAGGAAGGAAGGCGAAACUUGGAACGUAGCUAUAGGUUAUGUGGUCCAUUGGAUUAUGAGAACAAUUAUGAGUUGGGAUACUUCUCUGGAUUGAUAAGCUGGUCGUUUUCAUCGUCGGUGCAGACUGCUAGGCCAGGAACCUUGCGUACUAUUUGCGACGAUUUCAGUACUGAUUUUUAUGGCGUAACGCCCAUGGAAAAAAUUGGUGGAUAUAUUGCUCACAGUCGCAGAUUGGAUGAGACCGGCUGUUGGGAUAUCAACUACCAGACUUAUAUUGAUUUCUACCAGGUGGCUGUUUCUAACUCUCGGGCCUGGUACUACCAAACCUGCACCGAAUACGGCUACUAUCAAACCGCGCCGAGCACCGGGACAGUAUUCGAUCGGCUGCGAUGGCUGAGCGUGGCGUUUUACGUAGAUAUGUGCAAGCAAAUAUUUGAUGAAAGGUUCGACGAGGCCUUCGUUUACACGGCUGCCGAGCGCGUCAACCGAGUGUUCGGCGGUCUAGAACCGCGGGUGAACAACACGAUCAAUAUCCACGGCAUUAUCGAUCCGUGGCACGCGCUGGGAGUCUACGAUACAGAUUUGUCCGAGACCUCGCCCACUCAUACUGUUCCUAGGGCGUCCCAUUGCUUCGACAUGCAACGUUGGUUACCUACAGACACCAUACGAAUGACAAAUGCUCAGCAAGCGGCGAGACGAUUAGUGGCUAUGUGGCUUAACUCAUAAAAUAUGUCAAAACUUAUGAAUUGCAUAAUGUAAAAUAAAAUAUAUAAUAAUAAUAAUUGUUACCAUACCACUGAAGAAA